UUCCCCAUUAACGUUUUCAUCCUCAGCUGACUUCCUUCUUCUCUCUGCUUUUGUUCCUUUCACAGUCCACAAAAUCGAGCUAGUGAUCAUUCUCUCACACACCCACAUGGAUGAGAGAGAAGAGGGGAAGGUGGUGAUGGAAGGAGUAGCAUCGAUAGCAUUGCUGCCUUGUGGGUCUGUCUCAGGACACUUCAUCCAACUUCCCCAUUCUAUUUGCUAUGGCCUUUAUGGCACUGAAUUGGCAUGUGAAAGGGAAUGCAGUAGGGGUGAGGAUUAUCGCCUCAUCAAACUUACAAUCACAGAUUUCAAUGCAAAGAAAGAACAAGACACUGUUGUGGAGCGCAAAGGCCAUGAUGCUGCUCGGUUCCACAGCAUUGAUCAUGCUCAUGGUUGGGAAAAGGAUGUCACAGGUAUGAUUGGACAAACGGAUGGGAAAAAAAGAAUCUUAGUUUCAUUUGAGUGCGAGACACUGAAAGCCGAGAAAGCAGCUGAAGACCACAUCAGGAAGUUCAUGCCAAAAUUAGCUGGGCUGGAUGCUGUGGUUAACAUUGGAAGGAUGAGGAUUUCUGGUUUGGACUUUGGAGCAGAGGAUGUAGAGACAGAAUAGAAAUUUUGAUAUUGUAAUUAGUUAAUAUCCAUUAAGCUACUGAAAGGAAGACUCAAAUGCAUGAUUUGAGCAAAUUCUGCAGAAAAAUAUUUUGUUGAGAGGUGAGAAUCUGUAGUUUUCCCAAACAUUCAUCCUUAAUUUGAC